AUGUCCGCUGAACUUGCUUGCGUCUACGCCGCUCUUAUCCUUAACGACGAUGGCAUCGAGAUCACAGCCGAAAAGUUAAACACACUCAUCAAGGCUGCUAACGUUAAGCUUAACAAUUACUGGGUUGAUCUUUUCGCUGAUUACUUCAAGAACCACGAUGUCACAGAGCUCGUCAAGAACGGCGCCGCUGGCGGUGCUGCUCCAGCUGCUGCCGCUGCUGGUGGUGCUGCUGCUGCCGAAGAGGCUCCAAAGGAGGAAGAGAAGAAGGAGGAAGAACCAGCUGCUCCACUCGACCUUGGUGACAUGUUCGACUUUUAA